AUGCUUUUUCCGUGUUUAUUUACCAGGUUGGCAGUACCUAGGCUAUUUGUCCCGGCGACAAUACCGAAAUUGUCACUUACAAGGUCGAUAUCGCCUGUAUUUGCAACAAGUCGUGCUUUCUCGACGUGUCAACCUAAAUGGGCCACACUAAAUCAAAUAAAAAGAGGUGUAGAGCCUCCAAAACGCAAGAAGGACACUGUUUCGCCUGAUUUGUACCAGUGCCCGCUUCGUAAAGGUGUUGUACUAAGAGUUAUGGUUCUCAAACCCAAGAAACCUAAUUCUGCACAACGUAAGGCGUGUAGGGUGAGACUGACCAACGGCAAAGUUAUUUCGGCGUAUAUCCCAGGAGAGGGUCACAAUGCUCAAGAGCACAGUAUAGUAUAUGUGCGUGGAGGUCGUUGCCAGGACUUACCUGGUGUCAAAUAUCGUGUUAUCCGCGGUGGAGGUGAUCUCAGCGGUGUGGUAAACCGGAUUACGUCCCGGUCUAAAUACGGUGUUAAAAAGCCCCAAAAGGCGUAG